CUUCCAUCUCUCUCUCUCUCUCUCUUCUUCUUCUUCUCUCUCUAUAUUUGCAGUGCGUGCUGUCUGGAAAGUGGAUUUGACAAGGCGACCAACCGUCCGAUCUUCUCACAUCUCUUCUUCAUCAUCUGAAUGAACUCAGUCCUUGUUCAAAUCGAUUAAACUACGAGAAUCUCCAUUCUAUGGAAAAACAGCUUAUGUGAAAAGAUCUGGCCUUAAUAUGGACUGGAUUGGGAAGUGGGACUGGGAAAACCUGGUCAUGUUUAAUCCGAAUUCCAUUGAUUGUCCUAGAAAGAAUCCGACAGACUGGGGAGUUGAAGAAGAGAAUGCAACAUCAUUUCACAUAUCUGGUGGAGGGGUUUGUUCAGGCUCAGAAUUGGGACAUGGUUCUUCAGCAAGAAGUUCAAUAUCAGUUUCCACUGAUUCAUCAUCAAAGAAUGCAAUCAACGUAUCAAAGACAAUAGUUCAGCCACCUCGAAAGCAUUUGGUACAAACUGAGCAAUCUGGAAACCCUAGAAUUGCUUAUGGUAGUGAACCAGUGAUUGGUUUGAAACUUGGGAAACGUACAUAUUUUGAAAAUAGUUCAACAUCUACUACUACUAAUCCUGUUUCAUCUGUGUUAUCGACUAAGAAAAUCAAAUCAUCUGGUCAAAGAAUACCUUCUCCACGAUGUCAAGUCGAAGGUUGCAAUCUCGAUCUCUCGUCAGCUAAAGAAUAUCACCGCAAGCAUAGGGUUUGUGAUGCCCAUUCAAAGUGCCAUAAGGUGGUUGUUGGUGGCCUAGAUAGAAGAUUUUGCCAACAAUGCAGCAGGUUCCAUAGCUUGUCGGAAUUUGAUGAAAAGAAACGAAGCUGCCGUAGAAGGCUCUCUGAUCAUAAUGCGAGGCGACGCAAACCGCAUCAAGAAGCUAUCCAGUUCAGUUCAACUAGAGUAUCUGCUCCAUUCUUAGAUGGGGGACAUCAAAUAAGUUUUAUAUUGAACAGUGCUCCUGUUCUUGAAGGAAGAUCAUAUGAAAUUCCUUUAUGGGAAAGCACAUGUAGUAGCAGCUCCUCUAAGUUUAUGUUAACCAAGGAAUACCCAUGGAAAUCUGAAGGCUUUCAACCCCCGCAGCCUCCAAUUUGGCAAGGUUCCGAUCACUUACAAUCCAAGGGCACCGCCAGUUCAAUUAUGAGCCAAGGUUUGAAGAAAUCGAUAGCAUCUUCUUGUGACUUGGUUCCGGAUAAUAAUAAUAAUCACUGUGCUCUCUCUCUUCUGUCAACUAAUAAUAACGGUUGUCAACCGUCUAAGCCAGCAAAGUUUCCAUUGGACUGCCCUCUUCCAUCGAUGAUGACGAGGGCAGCCCCGUCUUUUCCAAUGGCUUCAUCGGUUACUCAGUACUGGCAAACUGCCCCUGAUUCUGCGGUUCUUGAAGAAAUACAGCUCCUAAAGCAACAACCAUCUUACUACACUGACAUCUAUUCCAACAUUUUGAACAAAUGAAAGUUAUUUGUCGAUUUGGCUUCUUCUUUAACUUUUGCUUAGGUUUUUGGAGAAUCAUGAACCAUCAUCAUGUCUGUUCUUCUGUCUUAGCUAUUGUUAUUUUUUAUUUGUACUGGAUUCGAUUUUAGGUUUUUGUAUCGAUAAACAUCAAACUUGCAAUUUUUAAUGAGCAAUCGGCAUAUUUUAG